AUGGAACUUCCAAAAGGGUACACUUCAGUUGAUAAAAACCUUGUCUGUAGGCUCAACAAAUCCAUUUAUGACCUUAGACAAGCUUCUAGACAGUGGUUUUAUAAACUCUCUACAACAUUAAUUGAGAAUGGUUUCUCUCAAUCAAAGAAUGACUAUUCUCUUUCUACCAUUGGCAAAGGUGCUUCUCUGGUUGUUCUGUUAGUCUAUGUAGAUGACAUUUUGCUUGCUGGCCCAAGUGCUACAUGUGUUCACUCUGUUCAGGCCAAGCUUCAAGCCUUGUUCAAACUGAAGAUCCUUGGUUCCUUACAAUAUUUUCUGGGCCUGCAAGUUGCAAAGUCCAGCAAGGGCAUUGUUUUGACUCAGAGAAAAUAUGCCCUUUCUCUGUUAGAGGAUACUGGUUUUCUUGGCUGCAAACCAUCCUCUCUUCCAAUGGAUCCAAAUUUAAAGCUCGACAUGCUCAGUGGUGAUUUGCUGCCCAAUCCCUCAAUGUACAGGUGCUUACUUGGUCGCCUCAUGUACCUCACUAUUUCAAUGCCGGAUAUUACAUUUGCUGUUAACAAGCAAAGCCAAUGCAUGCAGCAUCCAAGAAUACCUCAUCUAAAUGCUGUGCAUCAUCUCCUACAAUAUAUCAAGGGCACUCCGGGUCAGGGUCUUCAUUUUCCAGCCAGUAACUCCUUCAACUUAUCUGCAUAUGCAGAUGCUGAUUGGGGAGGAUGUUUGGACACACGCAGGUCGACAUCUGGUUCAUGUGUGUUUCUAGGAGAUGCUUUAAUAUCAUGGAAAUCAAAAAAGCAAACCACUGUGUCUAAAUCUUCAGCAGAGGCAGAAUAUCGAGCUCUUUCCUCAGUUCCCAGUGAAGUAAUUUGGCUAAGACGAUUGCUCCUGCACUUUGAGAUUUCCAUCCCAUCUGCCAUGCUUUUCUGUGAUAGCAAAUCUGCAAUUUAUCUAGCGUCUAAUCCAGCUCACCAUGAACGAUCCAAACACAUUGAUAUUGAUUAUCACUUCAUUCGUGAGUUAGUGCAGUCCAACACCCUUAAGCUUGUUCAUGUGAAAUCCCAACAUCAAGUUGCUGAUAUCUUCACAAAGCCCUUAAUGCUUCUGGCUUUCUCUUCUUUUAUCCGCAAGUUGGGACUCAUUAACAUUUACUCUCCAACUUAG